UUUUUUUUUUUUAGAAGCCCAGGCUUUUUAAUGGGACCUCCCACCUCUACAAACAUUUCUGUGCCUCCUCCCUUUGAACUCUUUCCCCAACAUGUGCUUUUAUACUCACAACUCGGUCAGCCGGUCAGCCUGCAGCUCCAGGUUUGGGGUCUGGACUCCAGCUCUGACAGUUGCUGCUCCCUGGGGGCCAGGAGGGAAAGGGACUGUGUACCUUUAAGGGGUUGGUCCGCCGGGAGUGCAAGGUUUGUUGGAAACUGCUUCCUUUGGGGCCAUUCAAGAUCCCAGAUUUUUCUGCUACUUCAGACCUGGACAGCCUGUGGCCUCAGCGUGUCUUCAGGGGCCCCAAGCGUUUGAGUCGCUGAAGAGCCUGCUGGGAACGUUGCCCUUGGGUCCAGCCUCAUUCAAGAGACCUUGGCACUGCCACCAUCCUGGCCAGGAUGAGCCUGCUGUUCCUUGUCUUGCUGCUGCCACUUUCCUGCGUCUGGGGACUUCCAUUCUACAAUGGCUUCUACUAUUCCAGUGGCCUGCAUAGCAAGACCCUGGGUGGUGGCUAUGGGGAAGGCCUAUUCAAUGGAGUGAAGUUGGUGGUGGAGACGACUGAGGAGUCCUUGUUCAGUCACCCAGGAGCCAAUGUGACCCUGCCCUGUCACUACCGCUAUGAGCCAGCCCUGGCAAUCCCGAGACAUGUGCGUGUUAAGUGGUGGAAGCUAUCAGAGAAUGGAUCCCCGGAGCAGGAUGUGCUAGUGGCCAUGGGGCAGAGGCACCGCUCCUUCGGGGACUACCAAGGGCGAGUGCAACUGCAGCAGGGCCAACUGCAAGAAGUCUCGCUGGAGCUUAGGGACCUGCGGCUGGAGGACUCUGGGCGCUACCGCUGUGAGGUCAUUGACGGGCUGGAGGACGAGAGUGGCCUGGUAGAGCUGGAGCUUCGGGGCGUGGUUUUUCCCUACCAACCCCGCGAAGGGCGCUACCAGCUCAACUUCCAUGAGGCCCAAAAGGCCUGCUGGGAGCAGGAUGCUGUGGUGGCCUCCUUUGAGCAGCUCUUCCGUGCCUGGGAGGAGGGCCUGGACUGGUGCAACGCAGGCUGGCUGCAGGAUGCCUCUGUGCAAUACCCUAUAGCACUGCCUCGGCAAUCCUGUGGAGGCCUUGGCCUGGCGCCUGGUGUUCGCAGCUAUGGCCAGCGCCACCACCACCUGCACUGUUAUGAUGUGUUCUGCUUCGCGGCUGCCCUCAAGGGGUGGGUGUACUACCUGGAGCACCCCCAGAAGCUGACGCUGCUGGAGGCCAGAGAGGCCUGCCAGGAAGAUGGUGCACAGAUCUCCACAGUGGGCCAGCUCUUUGCUGCUUGGAAGUUCCACGGCCUGGAUCGCUGUGAUGCUGGCUGGCUGGCAGACGGAAGUGCCCGCUACCCCAUAGUUCACCCCCGUCCCAACUGCGGGCCCCCUGAGCCUGGAGUACGGACAUUUGGUUUUCCAGACCCACAUACCCGCUAUGGCGUCUACUGUUACCACCAGCACUAGCAGGAUGGCCAGCUGUGCAUUCAUCCUGGCCCCUGACUUCCUGACACAAGGGUCUGCCUUGUCUCUUGUGGGUUUGGCAUUGCUCAUAUUCUCAUUUUAUUUUAUUUUAUUUCUUUGGUUAUUCAAGGCAGGAGCUCUCUGUGUAGCUUUGGAGCCUGUCCUGGAACUAGCUCUUGUAGACCAGGCUGAUUUCAAACUCACAGAGAUU